GUUUCCAGGCUCGCCCCUCACAGAUUGAAUCUGGAUUGGAGCGGGAGGAAGACUGAGCACAUCAGCUAAGUGCAGAAUGUUAAAGUAGGUCAGAACCACUGACAGAACUGCUUUGGUCAAGUCAGCUUUGUGGUUCUCGUAACCCAGGAUGAAGCUGUGCUGUGAGCCCUACCAUGGACAUCAGGACUUCAAACCAGUAUAGACACCCCUGGCCUGACUGAGAUGAAGCCCCGUGUGUCUUUCCGUGGAGCAGGGAGCAAGGAGUCAGCCAUGGCGCCUCCAGCUACAGAAGGACAGGAAGUCUGACCUCCACACCUGGCUCAGGCUUAUCUGCUCAGCUUAGUCUCUUACUCCUAAACUAAGCCUGUUUUCCUGAAUAGCAGAGUUUUUUCUCCCUGAAUCCUGAGUACCCUCUUCAUUUCUUGUUCUUUUGCCUGUGUUUUUUGGCUUCGUCUGGUAUGAAAGUAUUUUCUGCAGGAUGAGUUUUUGUUGUUGUUGUUGUUGUUGUUGUUGUUUUUUCUCAUAGCCCUACCUUCAGCUGUAGAAGCGUUCUUCCUGCUCAAGGCUGACCGUAGCUCAUCUAUUAUGUACCAAUCUCUACUUGCUUUUAUUCUUAAACCAGUACCUCUUGGCCCCGCACAGAUGAACAUUUGAAAGCGUCCUCGUCCAGCGCCCGCGAGCAUGGAGACCUCCUCGCUGCUCUCCUCACUAAAUGAUGAGUGCAGGUCUGACAACUACAUCGAGCCUCACUACAAGGAGUGGUACCGUGUGGCGGUGGAUGCUCUCAUCGAACACGGGCUGGAAGCCUACCAAGAGUUCCUCGUCAAGGAGCGAGUGUCAGACUUCCUAGCCGAGGAGGAAAUUAACUACAUUUUGAAAAAUGUCCAGAAGUUCUCACAGAACACGGAACGUGGUUCCGAUAAUUGCUGUGACGACGGCUCGUCUUCAGGGACGUACUGGCCCAUGCAGUCCGAUGUGGAGGCUCCGAAUCUUGAUUUAGGCUGGCCCUAUGUGAUGCCCGGACUCCUAGGGAGCACCCACAUUGACCUCCUCUUUCACCCGCCGAGAGCACAGCUACUCACCAUCAAGGAAACCAUUCGGAAGAUGAUAAAGGACGCAAGAAAGGUGGUUGCUAUAGUGAUGGAUGUAUUUACUGAUGUGGAUAUUUUCAAAGAAAUAGUAGAAGCAUCAACACGAGGAAUAUCUGUAUACAUUUUACUUGAUGAGUCCAAUUUUAAUCACUUUCUUACUAUGACUGAAAAACAGGGCUGCCAAAUUCAACGUCUCAGGAACAUUCGAGUACGGACGGUAAAAGGCCAAGAUUAUCUUUCAAAAACAGGAGCGAAAUUCCACGGGAAAAUGGAGCAGAAAUUUUUGUUAGUUGAUUGCCAGAAAGUGAUGUACGGUUCUUACAGCUACAUGUGGUCAUUUGAGAAAGCUCACCUCAGCAUGGUUCAGGUAAUCACAGGACACCUUGUAGAGUUAUUUGACGAAGAAUUCCGAACACUCUAUGCCAGGUCCUGUGUGCCAAGCGCUUUCGCUCAGGAAGAAUCAGUCAGGGUGAAGCCGGGCAAAGCCCUGUGGGAGAAUGGCCUUUACCAGCGCUCCAUUUCUUCGUUAGCUUCCGUCUCCAGCCAGAGAAACCUUUUCGGUAGACAAGACCAAAUUCACAAAAUAGAUUCCAGUUACUUCAAAGGCAGAGGGAUAUACACCCUAAACGAACAUGACAAACAGAGCAGCGUGAGGAACCACGGGUACAAGCCUCAUUUCCUUCCAAACUUCAACGGGCCGAAUGCCAUCCGCCACUUCCAGCCCAGUCAGAUCAACGAGAACUGGAAACGGCACAGUUACGCCGGGGAACAACCCGAAACAACACCCUACCUGCUGCUCAGCCGAGCUCUGAACCGACCCAACAACCCUCCGGGACCCUGGAGAAGGCCUUCAGACAGCCUCAGUGUGGCGUCCUCGCUGCGGGGAGGCCGGGCGGGCCAGCAGAACGCCCCUGCGCCGGGCUUCGCUGACCGGCUGGCCCAGAGGAAAGCCACCAACCUGGCAGACAGGAAUUCAAACGUGCGCAGGUCCUUUAACGGGACAGACAGCCACAUCCGCUCUCUGCAGCAGCGGAUGCCCACCCUGGAGAGCACCACCAAGUCUUUCCUGCGCAGCUGGAGAAUCGAGUCCUACUUGAACGAUAACUCCGAGGCCCCGCCCGAUUCGAACGGCUCCACCCUGGGGGACAGGUUUGAGGGCUACGACAAACCCGAGAACGGGAAAGCCAACGCGCUCUACACCCAUUCGAGGCUCCGGUCCUCCUUUGUGUUUAAACCCACCCUACCUGAACAAAAAGAGGUCAACAGCUGCACGACCGGCUCCUCAAAUUCUACCAUCAUUGGUUCCCAAGGAAGUGACACACCCCGGGAGGACCCGGACAGCUCCAAAAACGCACCGUCCUUGACUGAAAAGACCUCGCCCGGGUCAGUCCCCAAGCUCCCAACACAGUCAGAGGAACCACAGAGCCUGCAGGUUCCCGAAAAGCACCCAGCGGUCCUAAACCAGCCAACGAACGGCCGGAUGGAGCUCAACAACUGUAUAUACACCAAGCUGUGCGGAAACAAGCAGGUGGAGAACGGGAAAAGCCAGCAGAGCGAGAACCUGCUCAAAAGGCGAAGCUUCCCGUCCUUCGACCACUCAAAAGUCCAUUUAGACCAGGCGAGCAGCAAGAAUUACGUAUACAGUACCCUAACCAGAAAUCGGGUGCGACAGCCCGAGAAACCCAAGGAGGACGUGCUCAAGAGUUCCAAGAGCAUGCACAAUGUGACCCACAGCUCAGAGGAGGACGGAGACGAGGAGGUCAGGAGAGACCCCCCAAGUUGUCCGGCCACCAAAUCCAUUUCCAUUGCCGCCUUGCUGGACGUCAACAAGGAGGACCCCAGCAAGGAACUUACCUCUAAGAAGGAAGUCAAAGGCUCCCCAAGCUUUCUGAAAAAGGGGUCUCAGAAAUUAAGGUCCUUGCUUAGUCUCACCCCAGAGAAGAGGGAAAACCUGUCUAAAAACAAGGCGCCCGCCUUUUACAGAAUGUGCAGCAGCUCGGACACUUUGGUCUCCGAGGGGGAGGAGAAUCAGAAGCCUAAGAAGUCAGAACCCAGAGUCGAUGCAUCUCCCAGAAGAAAGCGUUCCUCCUCGUCGAAUUCCCAAGGCAGCGUCCACAAGAGCAAGGAGAACAUAGCGGUCAGCACGUCUCCAGGGAUAAAUGCCCACGCGGAGGAGAGCAGGAGAAUAGCGCCCUCACCGCGUCCUGCCGAGAGGAAGCUUUCCGAGAAGGCCGGAGACGCCUCUGCCCCGAGAUUCAACACCGAGCAGAUCCAAUACCGCGAUUCCAGGGAGAUGGGCGCACCCGUGGCCCCCGAAAGAAGGCCAACCUCUUCUCCGGCGCUCAAGUCCAACGAGCUUCUGAGGUCUCAUUCAACCAACCAGCGAGUUUACAGUCGGUUUGAGCCUUUCUGUAAGAUCGAGAACUCUAUUCAGCCAGCGAGCAGCGUGACCAACACACAUGUCAGCCGCCCAGAUGUCAAAUCCACACCUAUGGGCGGCGGCGGUUAUGGCAGGGCCAGCCCGAUGCUGAAUUACAAGACUGGUGCUUAUCAUUCAUACAACCCCAACGAAAACAAGUUCCGGGGAUUCAUGCAAAAGUUUGGAAACUUUAUACACAAAAACAAGUGAAAUGCUUUCGUUUCAAAGUGCGAUUGCGAUGUUAAAUGAAUGUGGCUGUAAAUAUCUGUCCAAAGCACACUGUAAUUUUUUGUACCAUGCCAAGAGUGUUCUGUAUUAGAACUGGAGAAAUGGAUAGCAGUAUACAAGGAAGAUGUUUUUUUGUGACAAAAAUCAAUUGUGCUUGGUUACCCUACAAAGGACUACCCUAGCAAACACAUUAAAAUUUUACUCUUAAAGGCCAACAGCUUUUUUAAAAUGUAAGAUCCAUUGUUUCCUAUCUACUAAAACUCUUGUGUUUAAUUAGAAGAAACCACAGUGAAGGGGCCACAUUUGGAUUUUUGAUCAUCCAUCCCAAAGUCUUUGUUUAAAAGCAGUUCAUAUUACUCAUCGCUGGUGCUUUUUGAUAUACCUUCGUGAUUUUUUUUUUUCAUAUUUUCAGAAAUACAGGAAAACACAACCAUGUUGGCAUAUUUGUUUACACACUUGAUUUGGGUUCUUAUAUCUACCACCCUUCUCCACCCCAAUCCCUUCCAGCACCCCAACACCAGGUAGGAGAAACAGGAGGUUGGGGUGGGGAGAGUGUUGAGUUCUUUUUAGACUACUUCCUGCUGAUUAGAGGCACUGAGUUUCAUGGGGCAAGAGCAGUCUUCAUCUUGUAAGGAUAUCUCCAGCUUCCUGUCUCUUUAAUCUUGACCAUGUUCCAGACCAGCAGCAGCAAGAAUGGGAACCAGCAGGAGGAACACCCACAACUCCUCUUUGGGCUCUGGUCUUUCUAUACCCUGUCUAGAACUCCCAGAAUUAAACCAUCGUCAGCUGGCAGAAUCCCACCCCUGCCAGUGUACUCACAAGGCAACUAGUUAGCUGCUGUGGACAAUCUGAAGCAGCCCCAUAUCCCACACCUGAAAUUAAAACACAAACAUGUUUACAUCACUUCACUGUUUUUUUUUUUUUUUUAGACACCAAAAUUCCUCCUUCAGAAUAAAGCCUCUUUUGUUGAUAAAUACUGUAGGAUAACUUAAUAUAUGCCAUUGUUUUAUUAUCUUUCCUAUGCAACAUUGCACAUAAAGAGUAACAUUUGAAUUUUAUAGGCCAGCAGGUUUUAUUAAGCCUGAAGUGUGCUGUCCACCAGCCUUAAGCGUCAGCCUUGAAUACUACGGACAAACACACAGGCUUUAUUUUCUAACUCUUAAAAACCGGGCAGUGUUCUGCUUUGCACAUCCUCCUCAGCUGUCCAUCUUUCGUAAUCAUUCCUUAAUUAAAAUCUGAUGCAAAAACCUUCUAAAACUGUGAAAUUCUUCAGACUCGUGAUUGAUAUGCCAGUGCAGAAAUGCUUUGUUUGAAAAUUGUUUGCUUUUUUAAAGUUUGGGUUGAAUGUGGUGUGCUAACACACUGUUUCAUGAGGGCUAGAUGGUGGCUGUGAGAACCAGGCCUUGUCUCUCAUUGUUAUAGGACCAGGCUGGAUGGAAACAUUUCCAUAUUUAGUUUCUUGGUUAUAGUCAAGUCAAGAAAUGAAAAGCUUCCUGUUUUGUGUAGAAACCUUUACAUGAACCUGUUUUAUUCAUGAAAUGUAAAAUUCAGGAAGCAAAAGAUAGUGUGAGAGGCGAGGCAUGAGGUGCUUUAAAAAUGCAUCAAAUAUCUUAUUUAAUACUUUCAAGCUUGCUAAGAAGAAUACUGUGUUGUCUUUAAAAUUCAGUAUUUGAUUGCUACUGUCCAAUGUCUGUAUUGUUAAAAUCAUUUACCAUAGGAGAAUCCGGAUAGGAGAGGCUAUGGAGUAGAACACCUAGCAUUUUCUGAGCACUUAACUAUAACCGGGUCAUGACCUGCAAACUCAUGCUCCAUCACAUGUCUGUUCUAAUUGGUUCAAGACCUUCUCUAUUGGAACUGAAGAAAGCCUUUACUUCCUAACAAGGAGUCAACCAGGAAAAGUUUAAUUGAAUUAAAUAGAUAGCAAGGACAUACUGGGACUGAAUUACUGUAGUAGGUAAAGUUAGAAUACUGAGGGGAGAUGCAGUUGUAACCUACUUUGGCAGGGCCAGUCUUAAUAGCUUCGUGGCUGUUUUGAUCUCCUGGUUGGCUUGUGACAAUGAUAGCAAAGGAGAGGGAACCAGAAUGGCUCAUUUGGGCUUUGACGAAGAAAAGACUGGCAGGGAAGGUAUGAGGGAAAAGGAGCCCAAUUUUGAACACUUAUAGUAGUACUAGCCAGGAUAUCCGGUUAAACAAAACUACACCUUACAGAAGUUAUGUACUUUCGAGAUGUGCAUGGCACUGGAUACUGUAGGCUGGAUUUUAGCACUAAACUAGUAUUUUGGUACAGCAUUCAUUGCUUUGCUGGCUUCUCUUCUGCCUUGUUUUCAGAACAUGCUUUGGAAGUGUUAAAUCUCCUCCCUCUUUGGCUCAGUCUCACCUUAUAAACCGCAGCUAUAUGCUAAUACCAAUAUAUGAAUAAUAUUUUAUGAAUAGGAAUCCCAAACAGAUGUUCAGUUUCACAUCAUUACAAAAGUAGCAUUAUAACCUCCCAUAGUAAUUGAGGAACUUGCCAAGUUCUGUUGUUCUGGUCUGAUCCUGUUGGAAAUGUAAGCGUGAUGAACUUGAAACCGUCCACACUAAUAAGAAUAUUAAAGCAGAGUGCUGAGAAAGUCCUCUUACUCAUCUUGAGAACAGAACCAGUUCACAGAAACUUUGAUUUUAAAACAAUCUUUUAUAAUAUGCAUUUCCUUAUAAUAAGACCAAUGGUUCAUAUGCAAAAGGUUAGUGCCACCUCAUACAGUAACUCCCAUAGUUUCUGAAAAUAUGGUUAGCUUGGAGAAACAUCAUUUUAGAUCUUCACUGUGCUCUUCUUUGGGAAGUAGGGAGUGGAGGGUGCUUCAUUCUACCUGCCUGAUGGGUAAUUUAGGCUUUUGCACAGCCAGUUGAUUCUCUUCAGCUUCUUUAUUUGUAUUAUCUCCUUACUAAUGUCUUUCCCCAAAAGCACCCUUAUGUCCAAAUGUGUACAUAUUUUUCUAAAAUGUCUUCUUCGAGACACUCCCCUCAGUUAAGAUUGAGAAAACACAUUAAUACUUCAAAAAAAAAUAAGCAUUGUUACAACUUUAACUAGAUGCUUGCCCAGAUUUGGUGGAUGUAAUUUCAAAUGAUCGUUUUUCUCUUUUACUUCCCGUAUUGAUAUUGGUGGAAAGGUGUUACAUACACAUGUUUUGAUGUUAAACUUUAGCAAAUGCACAUUUGCAUCUACACAGGGAUUAAGUUUCUACACAGAAACACAAGGAAACUGAGUAUGGUUUCUAAUUAGUUCUUGCAGGUGGCAUUAGAAUAGCACAAGAGAUGCUUCUCCUGAUAUAUUUUUAUCCUUUCACUCUCAUGUGCUAAAAUAUGAAUACAUAUCAGUCUUCAUUUGUGAAUAAAUACUGACAAGGGCUGAAUUUUAGGUGCAUUCAGUUUUACUUUACUCAAAAACUAUCUUGUGCCACUACUAUUCCACAGAUAUUUUCAUUGUAAGGAUGUCUGUUGACUAAUAAUGUGCCUUUUGCUAAGGGUUUUAAAGUAGAAUUGUUGCUUUGUAUUAACUAAACUCAUGAUUAAUGUGGGAUUAUGUUUAAAAAUUAAAAUUUGUUUGGUUCUUUAAGCAAAAAUUUUUAAAAAGUUCUUUAAACAAACGUUCUUUAAAACAAAAGUGAUAAAGUUAUAAACAAAUCAACUUGUUAUCUUUUUAUAUACAUACACUAUUACAAAGAAA